UUUUUUUUAUUCUUUAUUCUUUAUUCUUUGGCCAUGCUUUUGGGAUUGCGAUCUGUUCUCGUUGCUGCUUCUGCUGCAGCCAGGCCAGCGCCCUCAUCGGUGGUGGCGACGACCGCCGUGCCUCGGCGCAGCGCAACGACUGCCGCACUGUACACUGCCGUAAUGACGCCGCAGCCCGUGUCGCGGGUGGCGCUCAAGAAGAACAAGAAGCGCAAGGGCACGCGGCAGCGCCCAGAGGCGACCCCGACCCCGUCCCGCCUCACCAACCAGGGCCGCAGCGCAAUGGCAAACUACUUUAUGCAGCGCGGCGUCCUGCUUCGUGAGCAGUACGAGGCGCUCGAGCCCGUGCGGCUGCCACUCAAGCUGCCGACCCCGGCCGCGCUUGCCGCCCAGCAGAACGCACAGCUCUCGGCGAUCGUCCAGGCGCACGCCCAGAACGAUACCCAGGCACUCUCGGCAGCCUAUGCUGCAAUGACCCGUCCAGUGUUGCCGCCGGCCAAGCUCGAGACGGUCACAUCCACCACCCCGACGCUCCGCCGACCCAAGGCGGACGCUGCUGCUGCCACCUCUGCUGCGGCAAAGACCGGUGGCGCCGCCAAGGGGAAAGGCAAGACGCAGUCCGCUGAGAACGCCAUGAAGGAGCGCACCAAGCGCAUCCAUGCACGCGCUGAGGCGUCCAACAAGAUUGCCUGGGAGCAAGCCAACGCCCGAGCAGAGGCAGCCAUCGCCGGUGGCCAAACUGGCGUCCAAGUCCAGGAUUUCUUGCCAGCGCACGUUCGACAUGGCAUGCGUGGCCGCACAGUGCGAAAGGAUCGUGACUUGUAUCACUUUUUCACAAUGCUUGAUUCGGCGAAGUUCAUGGCCAUCUACCACUGGUCGGCGAUGGACUCGCAGGCAUGGCUCAACUUUCGCAUGAAGCUGAAGGCUGCAGGACUGAACGUUCGGCUGUUCAACGGCUCGCUCAUCCGUCGCGCCGUCUCCCGCACAGACUUCCGCAACAUGAAGCUCCUUUUCCACGGAAACACGUGUGUCAUUUACUCGUACGAGAAGGAGCUGGGCGCGCUGCCCGCGGUCAUGGCCGGGGAUGCCCGCUUUGAGCUGCUCGGCGUCAAGGUCGAGCGAGCGCUGCUCUCGAAGGAAGACGUGCCCUCGUACUUGGCCAUGCGACCGGUUCGCGACUACCAGGCCGAGAUUGUCGGCUUGAUGAGCAGUCCCGCCGCGCGUGUCACGAGCAUGAUUGAACAGGCUCCUCAGCUGCUUGUUCACGUUCUCAACACACACGCCAAAUCCGCCGAUGAGCCACCAGCAGAUUCUGCCCCGAAAUCAACCUAGUGUAAUGUUGACAAUGAUCGAGAAAAAAAACAGUGCACUACAAUGGGGCAAAAUAAAAACGUUGUGUUUG